UGAUUUUUUUAGGUGUUGGCAUGAUGAAAAGAAAGCUGGGAGCCCAUGAUAAUCUGAAGAUCACCAUCCAACAAAAUGGGGAAAAAUUUAAUGUCAAAGAAGUCAGCAACUUCCGUAAUAUAGAGAUUGAAUUUACUCUGGGAGUCAACUUUGAUUACAGCCUGGCUGAUGGGACUGAACUUUCUGGUGCUUGGACCCUGGAAGGAAAUAAACUUGUGGCUGCUUUUACCAGAAAAGACAAUGGAAAAGUACUUAAAGCAACCAGAGAAAUCGUGGGUGAUGAACUCAUUCAGACCUAUGUAUAUGAAGGAGUUGAGUCCAAGAGAUUCUUCAAAAGGGCCUAAGCACUUCACACAGAACUGCACCACAACGAAGGAACAAUAAAAGACCAUUUUUACAC